AUUAUCGAUCAGGUUCAAUCGGUAGGCUUGUGGGGAAUCAAUCACUGGCAACUCAGAUGUGUAUUGGUUGCUGAAGUCAAGGAGUACAUUAGUUCUAGUACGAGACUUCAAAGUUGUCAUUUCUAGUUCUACACUAGCCUACAUAAUCUACAAAAUGCCUAAGUUGACAGACGAACAAAUCCAAGAAGCCAAAGAGGCCUUCCGUAUGUUCGACAAAAAUGGUGACGGACAUAUAACUCAGGAUGAAUUGAUCAACGUGCUACAAGCAUGUGGCCAGAAUCCCACACGAGCUCAAGUCAAUGAAAUGGUGGCCAGGAUGGACGACAACAGUAAUGGGAAAAUAGAAUUUUCAGAGUUUAUUGACAUGCUGUCAGAAAAUUUUGAGAGUAAAGAUAAAAUACAGAAUGACUUAAGAGAAGCAUUUAAGGUAUUUGACCGCGACGGCAACGGUUUCAUCACAGCUAGUGAACUUCGAUACACGAUGACCAACCUGGGAGAAAAGAUGACAGACAAGGAAGUGGAUCAAAUGAUUGACGAAGCUGACAGAAACGGAGACGGCAGAGUGGACUACAAUGAAUUCAUUGAAAUGAUUGUUCAAAAUAGAAAAUAAAACCAUCAUAUGUAUCCCCAUAGUCAUCACUAUAGUCUGUAUAGACUUGUACAUUGCAUUCGAUGUUGACACCAGUACUCUGUUAUUAUCCGACUAUUCUUCAUCAUGAUUCUAUAGUUUAUAUUUUCUUCAAUUAAUGAAAUAAAUGCAGGGGUUGAGGUGAUUUUCCUCAGCAACUAAAAAAAAAUAAUAAUUUUCAGUUUGUUUCUUUUAAAUUAAGUUACUAGCAAAAAUUCUGAACAUUUAUUGUUUGAUAAGUAAACGUAAUACAAUUAUUUUUUUUAAAUCUAUCUCCCUAAUCAACAUUUAUAUAAGCACUAGUCUAAAUAGUGAAAUAAAAUCUGAGUAGACCUACAUAUCUGGUGGGCAAAACAAAUACUCAAAAAAUGACUAUUCAAUAGGUACACCAGAAGAGAAAAAAAAACACAUUCUAAGGCAAAAGUGACAAACAAAAAUGAAAGAAGGCUCUGAAGGUUCUCAAACUAAGACACACACAAACUUCUGAUGAAAUCAAUAACAACAUGAAGCUUCAUUUGGGUCCUUAUGCCUCAAGAAAAAAUAUUUAGAUUUAUUUUAAACAUAAGUAACGUAAAUUUUCUUUUUUUUUACCCUGACCCAAUCCCCCUUUCCAUAAUAGCAUGAAAGUUACAGGUUAGUGAAUUUCUUAUAGAAAAAGUUAAAAAUAUUCUGUAAAACCAUCGUGCAAUAAGAUAAAGAUCAACAUUGCUCAGCCUCUUCCUUCACAGAUGGUAUUGCAUAAUUUCAACAACCAACCUUCGUCAACAGAAAUGACCAGAGCUUAUCUACUUCCACCACCUUUUUCUAACUAAACUGAAUAGAGGUUUGACCAAGUGCAAUUCAAAACUCUAACUAGAAAUAUGAAUAUAUUAAGACAAGAAAAUUAAACAUUUAUACUAGAGACUCCUGAGUUUGUUUUUAAUUAAAGCAGCACAUUAUACUAUAUAGAUCCAUGGGUAAUAUAAACACUACACAAAAAAACACUAUAGUUAUUAAAAAAAAACAUUUAAGAUAUUAAAAAACUGAAGAAGAAAAAGGAAAGACACAAACUUGUCAUUUCAGGUUUAAUUAUUUAAAAUAAAUAUUUUGCGUUUAAGGGAAACUCAACAAAAUUGAACAGUUGAAAUUUAAAUCUAGUUAACAUUUUACACUAAUAGUUCAUUGGCCUUUUAGCACAAUUAUGUCCUUAUCACACUUGAUAUUGAAGAUGACCAUACAUACAUCAUCCGUACUUUCAUCAUAGACACACUGGGCAUUUAGUAUAUACUCACUUUUUAUCAAUUAUAAUCAUUUAACAUUUCACAAUCAAGAGAUGCUGGGUAUUGAGUAAAAUGACAAGAAAAACAUUUAAAAUACUUUU